UUUUGCGGUUUUGCGGUUUAUUAACCAUGGAUCAGUUUUACGAAGAAAUUCUUCAUUAUCUUUCAAAAGGGACUUACCACAGCCUAACUACAUCCUGUUCAAGUCCUGAUACCAGAAAGGCAACCAUUCGUAAGACAUCAAAACAUUAUACUGUUAAAAAUGGGCAGUUGUAUUACAACUACCAGGGCAAGCUCCGUCUGGUGGUGUUUCAAGCUCAGGUUUGUGAGGUUUUAAGGAGUUGCCAUGACAACCUUGGUAGCGGAGGACAUCAUGGCAGGCGCCGCACAGUAGAGAAGGUGUUAGCUUCCUACCACUGGAAAACCUUAAGAGAGGAUGUCAAAAAAUGGGUUGAUGAGUGUCCUCGCUGUCAGCACCAUGAAAAAAUAAAAACUGUGGCACCCAUCCUUCAUCCUAUCCAAGUCCAGGAAGCAUGGACUGUCCUUGGGAUAGAUCUAAUUGGUCCCCUUCCUACCACCGCAAAGGGCAAACGGUUCAUUCUAACUGCCACAGACCUAUUCACCAAGUGGGUGGUGGCAAAAUCCCUCUACAACAAAAGUGCCACUGAGGAGUCCAAAAAAAUUGUCAAUAUUUGCUUGACUUUGGACUGGUAGAGAGGAUUAUAACCGACCAGGGGCGGGAAUUUGUAAAUGAGGUCAACCGUGGUGUGUUUGAAGCUUUGGGUGUCAAACACUGUAUAACAUCAGCCUACCAUCCCCAGGCCAAUGGACAGGAUGAGCGCACCAACCGCAAUAUCAAGACUGCAUUAGCCAAAUACUGUGGGGAGGAUCAAAACGACUGGGACAUCCAUCUACGUUAGUAGUAGCAGGCAUCAACACAUCCAAACAGAGAUUUACAAAGUACACACCCUAUGGUGCUCUGUUUGGAAGACACCCCCGCACACCAGGUGUAAUAAACAACACAACGCAAGAAAAAGGGGAUGAUGACAAACGUGUCAUGGUGAUUGAGGAGACAGAAGAAGACCUGGAGGCCAAGGCUGCAGACAUUGCAGAUCUCCAUGCAAAGAUUAGAAACGCAUGCUUCAAGCUGAUUCAAGAAGCUGCCCAAAGACGUGGAAAAGAUGUCCACAUUGUAGACAUGUACGUUGUUCCAACAUGGAAGUCCAAAAUGGGGGAGCCAGAGGCCGCUCUUCUCCGUGACCUGUCAAAAGACAUAAUCAUCCCUGCCUGGAGCCAACAGCAAGGAAAAGCAGAUCACUAUUUGCUCUGCGUACUGAAGCCAGCAAAGAAAGAGCUCUUUUUGCUGGACUCUCUCAAACCAGAUGGCUUUGGCGACAGUCAUUUCCAAAGCAUUUUUAGUGACCUCGCUCAUCACAUUGCUCCAGGCCAUUGGACAACUAAGGUUGGAAAAGACAUCGAGAGUUUCCCUCACCAGAUCACCGGAAACUGUUGUGGCAUCUUUAUAUUAAUGUAUGCCCUCAGCAUCAGCACAGGUGCUCCAUUCUUGUUUACUGAGAGGGACAUGGUACACAUUCGGAAGUGGUGGUGCAUUAGUCUGAUGGAACGAUUCCAGAUUGAAGGCCAUGGUCAGAGGUUUGCACACUGGACUAGCGAGACUACAGCAUUACUGAAAGGGUCACUGGAGCCAAUAUACAGGAUCCCAAAGUCCAGAAAGAGGAAACAUGAGGUUGUGUUUCCCAAAGAUGACAGAUGUUUCAUAUUGGAGUUGUCAGCAUGUCUGCUCUCUGAGAUCCUCGGGGAAGUGGUACUCCUAGAAGGAGAUCAAGCUUACAUGACACUGGGGCUGGUCUGCACCACCUUCAGAGACAUCAUGUCCACUGUAGGUUUCAGGAGACGGGUGCAUUUUCAGUGGUUUGACAUUUUUUACAGGUGUUGCUAAUUGGGGCAGGUUUUCGUUGUCAUACAAGGAGGAGUUCUACACCAUGUACAGCAUUGAGACAUGCUGCGAAUGC